UGUCUGCUGACGGCAUAGAAAUUAUUUCAACUGAGAUCGGGUCGGUAUAAAAGCAAAGAGGUGGAAAUUCUCGCGUCAUUUUACCUUGAUCUUGGAUAUACAUCGCAUCGUGGGGUUUCUUUCUCGUCGCCUUAAGUAAAGCACAAAAAAAGGUUGUCUAAAUAAAACAAGAACGGUGAUCGAGUUAAAAAGAGUUUAACAAGUUAAUUUCUCCGCUCUGCAAUUUUUUUGAGACACAAUUUUUUUUUGUUUAUUUUUCAUAUAUUUGUUCUACUGAAAUUGAAAUUUAUUAGCGAGAGAAAUCACCUUGUGUGAUUAACUCAUUUUAUUAAUCUUGGCUAAUUUUUCUAAUCUUGUUAGCGUUCAAUUUGAUGGUGAUAAGUGACGAUUUAACGGAUGGUUUUUUUUCUUGUAUCUUAAGAUUGAGUGAGGAAACGUGCCCGAUUUGUGAUCACUACCAUUUUGGAGUUAGGAAGUGAUUUUAACAGUGCAUUCCUAAAGAGUGGACAUUGGUCAGAACUGAGAUCCGGAUUUGAGGAUAAAUCUCGUGAUUGGCACAAAAUAAAAUGGGCACGUUGAUGAUAAUUGGAGUAUCUACGCUGUUUGUGCUGACAAGUGCCAUAAGUGUUAAUGCCAAAGAUGAUGCAUCACCCAUGCUGGACACCAUCUUCUGCCCAUUUCGCCCCAAUCCAUGGGACUGUGCUCGACAGAAUCUAGCGCGCAUGCUGACGAAUUGGGACGCAGUGAUCACCAGCAAGAUGCAGGAAUUCAAAGCGGAAGCAGAUGCAGAAUAUGAGGCAAAAUUGCAAUCGAGAGACUUCAGUGCGAGGGAUCUUCAUCAAGAUAAACCAUCCAUCGUAAUGGCAUCGGUUGAGAAUACAAUAACCAAUAUUGCAGAGUCCGUUUCAGAACGUCUCGAUCAGUUUCUCAGGAAGCCCAAGUCGGACGAUCUGGAGAUGGAGUCAAAGAUGCAGCUAUUGGGUGAGGAAAAUGCUGGUGAUGUGAGUGCUUUGGAUGCCACUGCAAAUGAGGCAGAAGGUGGCACUGACGAUGAGAUGGAAAGUGGUAGAUAUGCUGGAGAUCAGCGCGGGAAGAAGAAGAAAAAGAAGAAAGCCCUGAUGAAAUUGUUACUUCUGGGAGCAAUUGUUAAGGGGAAAAUUGAGAUGUUGCUAAAGUUGUUGUCCGCACAUUUGCAGCUCAAAUUCCUGGCAAUUGCAGCAAUUGGUCUGUUGAUCAAUGUGGCACGAUUCUGGAUUGAUCUCAAGAAGGGCCAUCAGCCACAGAAAGUGAUUUACUAUGAACAUGCGCAACACCAGCAUCAUUAUGAUGACCAUGGUGAUGAAUAUGGCGGUGGCUACUGGAAGCGCUCCCUGGAAGCUCCAGGCAGUGUAGCAUCUGAGACGGAGGUCCAUGAACUGCCCUACCGAUACCAGAGACCCACAUCCUCAGUCUAUCACCAACCUCAGGCACCGCCCUACCUGUACUGAUCGUCAUCCCAUUGAGAAGAUCACCCAAGAUCAACCUGACGAAAAUAUCCGAGAACAUCGUUGAUUUAGUUGACUAGAUAUUUAAGUAAUUUAUUUGUAAAUACUUCCCCUAAUUCACUAAUUUAUUGUCCCUUCAGUUUUUUUUUCUCACCUUUUACCCCACCCAUUGAACCAUUAUCUAUUACAUUGUAACUGUUAAGAGAGACUCUGAAUAAAAAAAUAGUGCUCUAAAA